CCCCGCUCACUCGUGAAACCACAGAGGCAGGAGCCGCUCUGGCUGGACAGCGCUGCACGUAGUGUGGGGGCUUUCUAGACUCACUGUUUGAUGAGGAUGCGCUUUUGAGGCUGACCAGAGUUUGUUUGGUGCAGUUUCCUUGCUCUGUGCCGUACUGUUUUUGUUCCGAGAAUGAAGAAGUGAAUCUGUCAUCGCAGUCAUGGCUGUCCAGACUGGCAUCCAGGUGUGGUUCGGCGAGAAGUUUGACGCCCCCCUGCUGAGCCCCAGGAGCCCACGCAGCCCAUUAGCGCAGCGCCACGGCCCCGGCCUCGCGGACGUCUUCCAGUACGACCAGUGGCUGGCAGUGCGCCAUGAGGCCACCCUGGUGCCCAUGCAGGAGGAUCUGGCCAUCUGGCUCACAGGCAUGCUGGGAGAGGAGGUGAGAGCUGAGUUUUUCAUGGAGGAGCUGAAUAACGGUGUGAAGCUCUGCAAUCUUAUCGGCGUGCUGCAGACUAAGAUCGCCCAGAGUUGCCCCUCCGCGCUCGGCAAGCUGUUCUCCACCAGGAAGGUUGCAUGUAAGCGCGACGCCUCCCCGGGUUCCUUCUUCGCACGCGACAACACAGCCAACUUCCUGGCCUGGUGUCGACACAUCGGCGUGGAAGAGACCUACCUGUUUGAGUCAGAGGGCCUCGUGCUGCACAAGGAGCCUCGGCAGGUUUGCCUCUGCCUGCUGGAGAUUGGCCGCAUCGUCUCCAAGUACGGCGUGGAGCCUCCUGUGCUCGUGAAGCUGGAGAAGGAGAUCGAGCUGGAGGAGACUCUGCUGAUGACAGAGGAGCCCCCUCAGGCCGUCAAAACCUUCAGCGUGUGUUGCCAGCACGGCGGCCUCUACCAGCCCGGAGAGCACGGCAUGGACGACCCCCCCUGCAACUGCUCCAACAGAGUUUCCAUUGAGUACCUGUCUGAGGGACGCUACAGGCUGGGAGACAAGACCAUCUUUAUUCGGAUGCUUCAUGGUAAACAUGUGAUGGUGCGUGUGGGUGGCGGCUGGGACACCCUGCGUGGUUUCCUGACGAAGUACGACCCUCUGCGAGUGCUGCAGUUCACCACUCUGGAGCAGAAGAUCCUAGCAUUUCAGAAAGGCCCCCCUGGCCUGGGAGGUCACCAUGGCAAUGCAGCCCCACCUCCUCCUCCUGACAUGGACCCCCUCGCCGCUGUCAACAACCUCAUGUCCUCCUCCUCCUCUUCUUCUUCCUCCUCCGCCUCAUCGUCUUCCUCCCUCUCCAGCUCUGCCUGUAAACAGACCCCUGUGACCGCCGCUGGUCAGUUGGUUCGGUCCUACACAGCCUCUCCAGCCUGCACACCCACGCUGCCCAGGAAAGGUGCCGCCACAGCACCCAAGAAAAACCUCCAGAUGACACCUUCCUCCCCCAGGAAGCCCACCCAGCUGCCCCUGCCCAUCACCACCAAAGGUUCCUCCUCUUUGCCCUCCACACCUGUGGGAAGCUCCUCCAAACUGUCCCCCAGCUCAGGGUGUCAGGGAACGCAGCUCCAUCGCAGAGCUCUCACUCCAUCAGCGGCUCCAUCAUCCGUCACAGCAGAUCCGAGCCCCGCCUCCAAACUGAAGCUCAGACCGUCACCACGUGGUGCCAUCUCUCAGCCCAGGAGCCCCGUCUGCCCCGAGCCGUCCUCCAAAUGCCCCAAACCAUCCAGCCCAUGCACUUCUCCCACUGCUACUGUGCCUCGCCCCGUCACCGCACCAGGACGGGCACCCGCCCCUAAAGACGCCCGGCCCCCAACGGGCGCCAGCCAGCGCUCUCGGCUCGCGCAGCGCCGCCCCGGCUCCCCAGCCUCGCGCCUCCGACUAGAGGCAGCCAGGCGAGUGCGGACAGCCACACGAGCCACAGUGACGCCGACCCCAAGAGCAGCGACCCCACAGUCCCAAACCCCAACCCCCAGCUCACGGACAGCCUCCCCAGUGCUGCCAAAAUCCGCCUGCUCCCUGCCAAAAGGCAAAGAGGCCACAGCCAAAGCCAAGGGGCCACCUCCAUCCAAGGCUGCUGCCCCCCAGCGAGGUACAACCGCUGCCCCCGGGCGGGUCCCAGGGGGCAACGCGGACCCCUCUCCCGCCAGCAAAGCCAAUCAGAAAACACCAGCCACAGCACAGACGGCGGGUCGAAAACAGGCAGCCGCAACUAACGGAAAGCCAGCUCUAAAACCUGAACCAACUCCAGGACAGGCCCUGGCCCCUCAGAAAUUCAGCCCCAAUGUCAAGGCCAUCAAAACUGAGUCCAGCAUCGGCAAGAAAACCCCACAGUACAAGGGUAAAAGUGAGGACCCUUAUUUUGAAAUGAACAGUAAGAGGAGGCAGAAGACGUAACUGGGCGGACUCGAAGACACCAAAACCAGCCGGCUGGUGACACAGCUUCUCAUCACAAACCAGCACUUGUCACUAAUCCUCAUGAAAAGCUUCUCAUUUUUGACCUUUUUUUUGGUUAUUGAUUUUUGUGGUAUUUAAUAGUCUUUUAUUUUUUUUAUUUUCAAUCCAAAAAGGUCAAAGAUGUCAUGCUUUGUUUGUCUUGUCUUUGUGAUGAAUUAACAGCCUUUUUUUUUUUUGAGAGUUACCUGAUUAACACUAAAACUUGCACAAUGUUUACAUUUUACAUUUCCACCUCUGUCACAUGUACAGCCGUUACUCAUCAGUUGUCUGAACUGACUUUUAAAGAACAAAGGAUAGAGUUUUGUAGAAAAAUUGUGUUCAAAUGUUAACCUCAAAGCUUUUUUAGCUCAACACCAGGUCACAGGACAUAGCCAUGACUUAGUACAAUGCACUUAGGUGAAGAUUUUAGAGGGAAAAAAGUGUUUUAUUACAGCAGAGCAGCUCGCGCGUCCUGUUUUCUCUGACAUGUUACCAAACUAUUUUAGAAGUUCAAGUGACACAACUGGAGCACAAAUCAUGGUUCUUGAUUUAUUUUCCCCCCAGUGAGAACAUACUUUCCACUGGUAGAUAGUCAGAUGUUAUAACUUUGGAGUGAUUUUUUUUUUUUUGUAUAAAUGAUAUCUAGGUGGGAAGUUUGGUCUCGACGGCGCCGCGCAAAGCGUCUUCGGGAAGUGUUCCCUUCCCAUCGUGUGCCUUCAUCAGAAAUCUCUUGUUUUUCUGAGCGGCAUUAGAAUGUAUUAGAUGACCAGGGGUGGUGGUGGUGGCCGCAGUGGUGGUGGUGGGGGGAGGGGAGGGUUUAAUGGUUUUUACUGACGAAAAUUGCACAGUGUGUACGAGCACUCAUUACUUUGGUUUCUCAGAGAAAAGCCAGAGUCUCAGAUGAACUACUGAUCAAACGCCUCUUUUCUUUUUAACAGGAAACACUCACAAAAAGGCCCGUCAGCGGCCACAAUCAUUUAGAGCAGAAUCUACUUGGUAUAGACUUUUUAUAUGGUGUCUAAUUUUUUUUUUUUUUUUUUUUUUUUGUGUGUGUGUGUGUUAAAAAUCUAGUUUUCUAUGUGAUGUUUGUGUACGUAUGUGUGUGUAUAUACAGUAUAUUAUCAGUGAGGCUUUUUUCUUGUUUGGCACUUUACAGAAACCUCUGUGUUUGUCACAAUGUUGAAUGUUGAUUCUGUCGAUUGUGUCUCUUGUUCCAGCUACCUUUUUGUCAUUUUGAUUAAUAAAUGGACAAGUGUUUUAAAAAUC